UACAAACACGCAAACAUAAAUGUUUGUGUAUAUAGCCUGAGAUAGACACAUAUAUUUACUCAUACACACGUGCACGAACAUUAAAUAGAAUAUGCACACAUUUCUCCGUAGAUACACAUACAUGAAUACAUAAUAAAUAUUAUUCACUCAGUAGCUUUGUACAGUGUACAGGCAGUUAAUAAUGCCAUGAUAAUUGAUGUUUCUACAGUAUGUCUUUGACUCUUUGAGAAAGUUGAAAUAUAUCAAUGUGUGAUCAAGAACAGGCUAGUUUUGUGGGAUUAUUUCUCCGUUUUAAAUCCUGGAGUUUAUCAUAUUGGAAGAUCAAUUAAAAGUUAAAAGAAAAUAAUUUUUUAAAAAAAAAGCAAAAAUUAUAAAAUUAAAACAAAAAGAAAGAAAGGAAAAGGAGAAAAGAGAGAAAAGGGUACCGUUUUAAACUUCUGCUCCACUAUUUGCUAUUUAAUAACCUUGUGCAAAUAUUGUUGUUGCUGCGUGAGAGUCAGCAAGAUGGCGGACGUCGAUCCAGAAACACUUCUGGAAUGGCUUCAAAUGGGACAGCAGGGCGACGAAAGGGACAUGCAACUUAUAGCCCUCGAACAACUAUGCAUGUUACUACUUAUGUCCGAUAACGUGGAUAGAUGUUUCGAAAGUUGUCCACCAAGAACCUUCCUGCCAGCACUUUGUAAAAUUUUUCUUGAUGAACGUGCUCCUGAUAAUGUUCUUGAAGUCACCGCACGUGCCAUUACAUACUACUUGGAUGUGUCAGCAGAAUGCACUCGUCGCAUUGUUGCUGUCGAGGGUGCCAUUAAGGCCCUCUGUAACAGAUUGGUUGUGGCUGAAAUGUCUUCACGUACAAGUAGGGAUUUAGCGGAACAAUGUAUAAAAGUGUUGGAAUUAAUUUGUACUAGGGAAUCUGGCUCAGUGUUCGAUUCUGGUGGCUUAAAUUGUGUUCUUACUUUCAUUCGUGAACAUGGAUCUCAGGUACACAAAGACACUCUACAUUCAGCAAUGUCUGUUGUAUCUAGGUUGUGUGGGAAGAUGGAACCCACUCAAGAUACAGCACUAGAAGGAUGUGUAGAGUCUUUGUCCACAUUACUUAAACAUGAAGACCCAUUUGUGUCUGAUGGUGCCCUUCGAUGUUUUGCAUCCCUUGCAGAUAGAUUCACACGAAGAGGGGUUGAUCCUGCUCCUCUAGCUCAACAUGGAUUAGUUGAUGAGCUUUUAAAUCGUCUGCAGGCUGCUGGUGAAGCUGUUCAUGGAACAUCAGCUGUUGGCCCUAGCACAUCUGCUGGAGCAACUGCUCUUGUACCUGUUGAUUCUAAAUCCAGUGCAAGUGUUUCCACUGUCAUUAGUUUAUUGUCAACACUAUGUCGAGGGAGUCCUUGUAUUACCCAUGAUUUGUUAAGGUCUCAUCUUUUAGAGGCAAUUGAAAGUGGUCUUAAAGGCGAUGAAAGAUGUUGCUUGGAUACGAUGCGUCUGGUUGAUCUCCUCUUAGUAUUGUUAUUUGAAGGACGGAAAGCACUUCCUAAAGCUGCAGCUGCUGCUUCAUCAUCUGGCAUUGGUAGCAUAUCAAGCAGUCGCCUACUCCCUGGAUUAAGACGUGUUGAUAGCUCAGGGACUGGAGAACCACGAUCACACAGACAACUCAUAGAUUGUAUCAGAAGUAAAGAUACUGAUGCUCUUAUUGAGGCUGUUGAUAAUGGUUUUGAUGUGAAUUUCAUGGAUGAUGUGGGUCAAACAUUGUUGAAUUGGGCUUCUGCUUUUGGCAGUCAAGAUAUGGUUGAAUUUCUUUGUGAACGUGGUGCUGAUGUAAACAGAGGCCUUCGAUCAUCCUCAUUGCACUAUGCAGCAUGUUUUGGUAGACCUCAAAUAGUAAAGACUUUACUAAGAUAUGGUGCUAAUCCAGAUCUUAGAGAUGAAGAUGGAAAAACUCCAUUAGACAAAGCAAGAGAAAGAAAUGACGAAGGCCAUCGAGAAGUCAUCCAAAUAUUACAAUCACCAGGUGAAUGGAUGGUGCCAGUUCAAAGAGAAAAUUCACAAAUAGAAACAGACAGAGAAAAAGAUUUGGUUGAAGAAGACAAAACAGAAUGUACAGAACCAAAAGGUGAUCCAGAAGUUGCCCCAUUAUAUAUUAAAGGGCUCCUGCCUGUCUUUGCACAAGUAUUUCAUGGAUCCAUGUUGAUAUCAGUCAGGAAAGCCAGCUUGUCACUCAUCAGAAAAAUGGUCCAUUAUAUUAGUGGGCCACUUUUAGCUGAAAUGAGUUGCUCAGAAUUUAGCAGCCCGAAUUUUGGAUCAUCUCUUACAGAAGUCAUUGCUACAGUUCUUGACAAUGAAGAAGAUGAUAACGGCCAUCUAAUAGCAUUGCAAGUGGUGCAAGACUUGAUGAAGAAAGGGCAAGAAAUUUAUUUGGAACACUUUGCUCGCCUUGGCUUAUUUAGUCGUGUACUAACCUUGGUUGGACCAUUUGAAGAAGAGAAAGACAAGGAGAAGGAGGAGGAGGAACCAGUUAUUGAAGAUGCUAAAGAAAUUCUACCAGGCAAGCCUUAUCACUGGAAAGAUUGGAGUAUAGUUCGAGGACGUGAUUGUCUGUAUCUUUGGAGUGAUGCUGCUGCCUUAGAAUUAUCUAAUGGAAGUAAUGGGUGGUUUCGUUUCAUAUUGGAUAGUAAACUUGCUACUAUGUAUUCCAGUGGAAGUCCAGAAGGAGGUUCUGAUAGUUCUGAAAACCGAGGCGAAUUUGUUGAAAAGUUGCAAAAAGCUCGUAGUCAAAUUCGUUCAGGGACAAUGAGCCAACCAAUUGUAUCAAAGCCUGACGCUGCCAGCUUGAUUGUUGGUAAUUGGGUGUUGAUGUGCAAGAAAACUGGAGAAAUGCAAAUUCAUAACUCCGAUGGCCAACAGCAAUCCACAUUGUUAGGAGAAGAUCUGCCAGGAUUUAUUUUCGUUUCCAAUAGAGGAACCAGACAUUCUUUUACUGCUGAAACCACAUUAGGCCCAGAAUUUGCAGUUGGGUGGGGUGGCAAGAAAAGUAAAAAGUCCAGGACAAAAAUUGAUGCUUUAAGAAUGAAAGUAAGGACCUUAGCCAGGGAGCUAUAUGAGCAAUACUUUAGAGUAGCUGAAGCUUCUCCUCGUAGCAUUGUGGCUCGAAUUAAAAACAUUGUGCAUCGACUUGAAGCUUCAUAUGCUAAACAGAUCAGUCAAAUAAAAUCCCCUACAGGUGAAGUGGAAUGGGAGGAAGACAUGCAUGCUGCUCUGGAAGAAUUAACAGCAUUAUUAAAAGAUGAGCAUACAGUUUCCUCUUUCGAACUUUCAAGUAGUGGAUUAGUCCAAACCUUGCUGAACAUCUUAAAUAAUAAUGUUGAAGAUAUGCAAACUAGAGCUAGCAUGAAAAGAACAAAUGAAAGAAUAAAACUAUUCAAAAGAAUAUUUCAGAAAAGAGAAGGAGGUUUUAAUCCAGCUGUUGCUCUUGUUAAAAAGCUUGUGGCUGUUUUAGAAUCCAUUGAAAAACUCCCUGUCUACAGCUAUGAUCUUCCCGGGUCUGGUUAUGGUUUACAGAUCCUUACUCGUCGGCUUAGAUUUCGAUUAGAGCGGGCUGCUGGUGAAACUGGUUUAAUUGAUCGCUCAAACCGUACUCUAAAAAUGGAACCCCUUACAACAAUUUCUGCACUUGAAAGAUAUCUUUUGAAGAUGGUUGCCAAGCAGUGGUAUGAUUAUGAACGAUCAACCUUUACUUUUGUUAAAAAAUUGAAAGAACCAGGCACAUCAAUAACAUUUACUCAUCAGCGGGACUUUGAUGAAAAUGGUCUAAUUUAUUGGAUUGGCACUAAUGCUAAAACUGCUUAUGAAUGGGUGAAUCCAGCCCAGUAUGGAUUAGUUUGUGUAACAUCGUCUGAAGGGAGAAAUCUUCCUUAUGGAAAACUGGAGGACAUACUAAGCAGGGACUCUUCUGCUAUCAACUGCCAUACAAACGAUGAUAAGAAAGCGUCCUUUGCAAUAGAUCUUGGUGUAUGGAUUAUACCAAAUUGUUAUACUCUACGGCAUGCAAGAGGAUAUGGAAGAUCAGCUUUGAGGAAUUGGCAAUUUCAAGUUUCAAAGGAUGGUCAGAACUGGCUAACUUUGUACAAUCAUGUUGAUGAUUGCUCUUUAAAUGAACCUGGAUCUACUGCAUCUUGGCCAAUUGAAUGUCCCACUGAAGAAACUCAGGGCUGGAGAUACAUCAGACUUCAACAAACUGGUAAAAAUGCCAGUGGCCAAACACACUAUCUUUCACUCUCUGGUUUUGAAAUUUAUGGUAAAGUGACUGGUGUUUGUGAUGACAUAGGCAAAGCUGCUAGAGAAGCAGAGGCCAAUCUAAGACGUCAACGACGCUUUAUCAAGUGUCAAGUGCUUCGGCAAAUACAGCAAGGUGCUCGUGUGGUACGUGGCAUGGACUGGAAAUGGCGAGAUCAAGAUGGAAAUCCUCCUGGUGAAGGAUUUGUAACUGGAGAAUUGCACAAUGGCUGGGUAGAUGUGACAUGGGACUUUGGUGGUUCCAAUUCUUACCGAAUGGGAGCUGAAGGAAAAUUUGAUUUACAGCUAGCUCCUUCAUAUGAUCCUGAAAAGGUGAGAAUCCCAAAGUUAGACUCUGCACCACAAACUGUCAAACCAAGAACCGGUUCAACAUUCAUGGAUAAAGUAAAGGUGAGCAUUACCAAUCGGAAAAGUAACUCUACUCCUAGCCUCAGUGAAGUGUCAGAAAAUCGAGCAUCUGUUGCAAGUACAGAACAGGCUUCAUCAGCAGAAAAUCUAUCAUCGGCCUUAAAGAAUUUAUUAGAAGGUCUACGAGGUUGUCCAGAUCCUUUUUAUUCAAUGAUGCAUUUAUCUCCACAUCCAUCAUCACACGUCAUAAGGGGCAAUACCCUGGAGACUCAUCAGUCUGUAUCACCCACUCCUACUUGCAGCAACUACUUGGGGGCUGCACAACAGUUAGCUGAUAGUGUUGUGAAUUUGGCAAGCAAUGAUGCUAUUGUCAUGGUUACAGUUGAUCCUAGUGAAGAAGGUUCAGCAAAUGGCAACAAUGCACAAGAAUCUACUCCUGUUGUUCGUUGGGAGCCAUGUCCUUCAGAUUAUCUUGAAGGCGCUACAGGUGGUGGUGAUAAUGUAGUUGGGUUAGCAACAUCUAAAGUUGAAAAACGUAGGGGUACAGAAGUUGGAAUUGAUGGAAGCCACAACAUAGUUCCAAUGAGAGAGCAAAAGCGACUCUUUCGAACUGAGGCAAGGAAGUUACAUGAAACACAAAAUUCUCGUAGCUCGCCAACUAAUCCUAUGAGUGUAAGUGUUCCAAAUCUUCCCACUUCUUUGGAACCUGGUGCUAACUCUAUGGAAUCUUUUGCUGUUGUUGUAAGAAGAAAUCUUACAAAUGAAACCAGUAACAUGGCUAGUUCCACAGCCAACAAUGGUGGUUUAGUCCGACUAGCUGCUUUUGCCAACACACCUAGUAACCUACUAAGUGCUCAAAGCUUUCCUAACCUAACUAGUACGCCAUCCACUACAUCUAGCACUUUGACAACAGCUCAAACAAUGACCAACAUGACUUUAAGCCAGGCACUUACUCGCAGUUUACCGUCAACUUCAAGUGAAAGUGAUAAUGAAUUUUUGGAAAGCUGCCAAGCAAAUGCCUUGUUAGCAGAUCUUGAUGAUGAAUUGAUGCCUGAUAUAGAAAAUGAUGGUGAUGAAAAUGACGAUGAAAAUGAAGAUGAUGAUUUUGAUGAUGUUGUGAUGGAAGAAGAUGAUAUUGAAUGUAGAGGUGAAAAACGAAGAAUGUGGGAUGAUGAAUUUGUCUUGAAACGGCAAUUUUCAGCUCUUAUACCAGCCUUUGAUCCACGUCCUGGUCGUACUAAUGUAAAUCAAACACAAGAUUUUGAAAUACCUGCACCUGGUUCUGAAGAUAGCUCAAUACUUGAAUUAAGCAAUCAAGUCCCUCAGCCACGUCUUGCUCUCUUUCUAAAAGCACCAGCCACUACAGGGAUGGAUGAGAUAGAAAUUUAUAUGGGUGAAGAAAAUGCAUGCAUCUUUAAAUAUGUCCAGCAAUUGCGAGUGCAAGGUGGAAGUAAUGGACGAAGUGAAAGAUUGAAAAGAAUAUGGGAACCAACUUACAUAAUAACAUACAGAGAAUUGAAAGAAGGUGAAUCCAAAUCAGAUUUAUCAACUGAUUGCCAAUCCAGUAUAACAUCAUUGAAUGAAAAUUUCCCAAUGUCAACACGACUUCUCAGCGAAUGGGAAUCUCCGUCUAAUAAUGAUCCAACUGCAUGUACUGUGGAUCAUGUUCUUAGGUUAUUACAAUUGUGCCAUGCAAUAUUUAUUGAUGGGACAUCAAAUUGUAAUAUCACAGACCAUAUUUCUAAGGUUGACGUCCAUCCAGAAGACUUUAUUUCUAAGAAGCUCACUAAUAAAGUGGGACAACAAAUACAGGACCCACUAGUGUUAGCUAGCAAUGCAUUACCUGAUUGGUGUGAACAGCUAACAAAAUGGUGCCCCAUGCUCUUCCCAUUUGAAACCAAGCAACUGUAUUUCAGCUGCACAGCUUUUGGAACGUCAAGAGCUAUUGUAUGGUUACAAAAUAAGAGAGAUGCUGUUCUUGAAAGAAAUAGAGGGCCAACACCAAGAAGGGAUGAUACACAUGAAUACCGAAUAGGUCGACUAAAGCAUGAGAGAGUCAAGGUUCCUCGUGGAGACCAGUUACUAGAAUGGGCCCUUCAGGUUAUGCGUUUCCAUUCUCGCAGAAAAUCCAUUUUAGAAAUUGAAUUCAUUGGGGAGGAAGGCACAGGACUUGGACCUACACUUGAAUUCUAUGCUCUUAUUGCUGCAGAAUUGCAAAGGAAAUCUCUUGGGCUUUGGUUGUGUGAUGAUGAUAUUGUUGACACUACUGAACGUGAGGUUGAUAUUGGUCAUGGUGUGAAAGCUCCUGGAUAUUAUGUACAGCGUGCUGGUGGACUUUUUCCUGCACCAAUUCCACAAGACAGUUCAGAUUUAGAGAGAAUAGAAUCUCUGUUCUAUUUUCUUGGAACACUCCUUGCAAAAUGUAUUCAAGAUAAUCGACUAAUUGAUUUACCAUUGUCUAAGCCAUUUUUAAAAAUGAUGUGUUAUGGUGGAUCAGUUAGACAGACCAGUAAACACUGUUCAUACAUGCCUUCACAGCGUAAUAGUAGCCCUUGUGAGUCAUUUUGGACAAAUGAAGAUCUAAUUUCAAGUAGUGAAUAUGUUGAUAAAGAACUUAUUCUUGAUCCACCUAAAACAUAUCAAAAUACUGGGCCACCUUGGUAUGCUGGUAUCUUAAAAGAAGAAGAUUUUGCUCUUGUUGAUCCCCACCGUGCAUAUUUUCUCAGCCAACUGAAGGAAUUGAGUACCCGCAAACAAAAUAUAUUAAAGAAACCAAUAUCAAAAGGUCAGAAAAAUUUACUCAUGCAGGACCUCAGAAUUCCUCCCCCUUCUCCAGAUUCAGAAAAUGGUGUUCGCCUAGAAGAUCUUGGCUUGACGUUCCAAUUCAAUCCUUCAUCCAGAGUUUAUGGCUAUACCUCAAUUAAUCUCCGCCCUGGAGGAGAUGAACAGGAAGUCACAUUAGAUAAUGUUGAAGAAUAUGUGACCCUUGUAACUGAUUUUUGUUUCAACACAGGAAUUCAGCGACAGAUGGAAGCCUUUAAAAAUGGAUUUGAUCUGGUUUUCUCUAUGGAAAAAUUAUUAUUCAACCCUAUGGAGUUGUCAUCCUUACUUUGUGGUGACCAAGCACCAACAUGGACAAAAGAAGAUAUUCUAAAUUACACAGAGCCAAAACUAGGCUAUACAAAAGAUAGCCCUGGAUUCCAAAGAUUUAUUAAUGUCUUAUUAAUGCUGACGUCUGAUGAAAGAAAAUCAUUCCUGCAGUUCACUACCGGUUGUUCUUCUUUGCCACCAGGUGGCUUGGCUAACCUGCAUCCAAGGUUGACUGUUGUUCGUAAAGUAGAUGGAAAUGAUAAUAGUUAUCCAUCUGUGAAUACAUGUGUCCAUUAUUUGAAAUUACCAGAGUAUUCUACAGAAGAAAUAUUAAAGGAACGUUUGCUGAUAGCAACAAGAGAAAAGGGGUUCCACUUGAACUGAACAAGAACUUUAAAAGGGCCCUAUUACCAGUGUCUAAACUGUGCCAGUAAAUACUGGUUUAUUUAAAAACUGUACCAAAUAAAAGGGACAACUGUCUGGCCCGUUGCUGAGAUUUGGCAGAUUUGAUUUAGGAUUAAGCAAAUUUGGAUCUUUCAUACAGGAGAGAAUUUUUCUAGUAAGUUGUUCAAGAAAGUUAAAAAAAAAAAAAAAGGAAAGAAAAAAAUCUGUGAAAACAUUUUAUUUAUUUAUUUAUUUAUCCCAUUUUAUUUUCCAGUCUAUUUUGUGAUCAACUUUCCAAAAUUUUAAUUGAUUCCUUUAUACUCAAAUAGCAUUUUUAAAUGUAAAACAAGUUUUAAUAAAGUCGAAUUUCUCAUAAUUUCAGGUUAGUUUGGUAAUGAAUCCAGAGUUAUAUUUUCCUUUUUUUUCUUCUUUUUUUUUUUAGUAUUGGAUGCAUUAAGACAUUAAUACAAUUUUAUGGACUUUGCAAUAAGAGAAAAUAAACUUUCAUGUAUGAAUUUUAAAUUUGUUCGUGAACAGUUAAUUUCUCACAUUCUUAUUUAUUCUCAAUAAUUUAACAAAGUAACCAAAGAAAUUUGGGGUGCAACUCUGGGAAGUUUUGCUUGAUAUCGGCAUUUUUUUUAUUAUUCAAAUUUAGGAAAAUAAUUUUAAUCUUUUAUAUUUUUAAAUAAAUCUUAAAGUUAAUCUUGUUAUUGUAAGAAAUAUUUAUCAUUGUAGCAUUUAAGCAAAAUACAUCUUAAAAUUUCCACAUAAGUUAAUAUAUUUUGAGAUGAAAAGCUACUUUAGUAUCAUCAAUUCUUGAUUGCCUUCUUUGAAACACAUUAAGUUAAUUUUAGUAAGUUCAUAAAGCUAAAUUGUUUCUAAUAAAACCAUUUUCUUUAAACUUCAUUUUCUUUUUGUAAUGAAAGGUCAUGAAUUUUUCCUGUUCUAUCAAGUUAAUGUAAAAUUGCUUGCUCAAUACCAGCAUUCAAAUAUUGGUGUAGUUGUCGUCUUUAAUCUGCAUCUUUUAAAUGAUAUCUGCUUUCAAACAAGUUUAAUCUUUUAGAUCUCACCAUCAUCCCUCACUUGUUCUGUAUAAUAAAUGCUGCCUUUUUAUUCAUGCCAUGAUGCCUUUUGAAAUAUAUAUAUACAUAUACAUAUAUAUAUGUGUACAUAUAUAUAUAUAUAUUAACAACUCCAAUUUUUGUCCAUUUACUUGAUCCAAAAUUAUUUCUGCAUGAUGGAAACCUUUUUGAGAGCUGUGCUCAUGUCUCACAGUGAAGUAAUAUGAAUGUUAUUGAAGGACUUUGACCAAAGCUGCCAUAUUAGAAAGGUCCCUUGUCCCAUUUCAACCUUGAAACUAAAAGGAUUUUGUAUUUACAGUGUUGACUAUUUUCAUCUUCUUUCCUUGUGAUAUAAAUGUGAUAUAAAAUACAUUUUCUGUUUAACCCUUCAGCAUUCGUAUUUCUCUGCCGAAUGUAAUGCUUAUUUGUUCGUUGUUUUGAGUUAAUCAUGCAUUAAUCUUGUAUCUUCAAGAUUUCAUGAUGUGAUUGGUUAUUUUUAGAAUUACAUUGUAGGGUCAGUGUGACAGGUCAGAUCUGACCAGUUUGAGCAUAAAAAAGAUAGAAUAGUUGGGCCAGAAAUGGCUGGUUUCAAUGCUAAAGGGUUAAAACAAAUUUUUCCUUCAGACAAGUAAGAUGAAACGCUUGAAAUUUAUAAAUAAACUAGUCUAAUUUCUUUAGAGAAUUUACAUAUUAUAAGUACAGUAAAAACCAAAAAACUGGGUGGAACGUUUUCUUUUCUUCUUUUUUUUUAAACUUUCCAGGUUUAGAAAAAUUUGAGGCUUUAUUAUAUUAUCUUAUAUCCAGGUUUUUCUCUUAAUAUACAUUUAUGGAAGGGAACAAACACCUACAGCCUAAAAUUAGUAAAAUGUGCCAAGUUUUUCUUUUUUAUUCAAAUUGAAUGGCAAAGAAUGGAUAAUCUACAUGCCGUUAUCAGUAAAUGCCUGUUUUAUAAAUUAUCAUAGAAUAAAGUAAUGAAUAAUUUGUCUGUAACCUCUUGCAACCUCUUGACUUUUAAUUUUUCAAUUCUGUUUAGUCAUCUGUGUGUAUAUCUCUAUUUCAACAGAUUGGUUAGUAUAAUGGUGAUAGAUGUCUUUGUAAGUCAAUUAAAUCAUAAGAUUACUAUGAACUGUUUGCUUUUUAUUAAAUUAAAAUCUUUAUUGGUUACUUGAUACAUAUAUUGGUUUCAAAUUUUGGCACAAGGCCAGCAAUUUUGGGGUAGGGGUAAGUUGGUUAUAUUGACACCCCACCUCCACCCCUGAAAGGAUGAAAAAAUGGCAAAAUCAACCCCUGUGACAUUUUGAACUCAGAAUGUGAAGUCGGUAGAAAUGCUGCUAAGCAUUUUGCAAUGAUUUUGCCAGCUUGUCACCUUACUUGAUACAUAUAUUAAACGGCAUCUUGUAAGUCUUUUUACACUGUAUAACCUAUAAUGCUUUUUUAAUCAUAGCAAUAAUGGCCUAAUACUUCAAAUAUAAACUGUUAUUGAAAAUAUAUAUUUAAAAAAAAAAAUUUAUCAGAAGUUUUCAGUUUUAGUAUGCUUUUCCAAUAUUAUCUUAAAAACCAUUUGACUUUUAUAAUCUUUAUAAUGGAUAUAUUUAUAGUUUGUCAUUGAACAGUGGCCAAGCUGGAUUACCAGCUUCAGAGAUAUAGUUAAUUACAUCAGCCAAUGUACUUGAUUUGUAUUUAAUCAACUUAGGAAAGAUGAAAGUCAGUUGACCUGGAUGGGGUCAAGGAAUGCAACCAAAUAACAAGCUAUUUUAUUCACUCUACCCAUUCUUCCAGACUCUGCCAUCUAAUAUAUAUUCACACACAUGAAUACUAUAUCUAGAGAUAUUAACUACUUUAAAUUUGGGCAGGAUAUAGAGAUGAAGAAAGAAAAGUUGCUUAUUAAAUUUUUUUGUACCUAAAUUUAGGUGUGCCAUUGAAUGUCUACAGUGUGAAAUAUUGUGCCUGUAUGCAUGUGUGAAUGUUUGCAAAAACACUUACUCUUGUUUUUAUGAUUAAAUGGAUUAUGAACUUAGAUAAUACAUUGCCUCUUUAAAAAUUUUGUGAAUUAAAAAAAAAAAUUUUUUUUUAUAUAAUUGUGAGUGAAUUUCUUAGAGGGAUUAGAGUAAGUAAACUGUUGCUCUUUUUUGCAGUAUGACUGUUAUCCCUUCUGUGCUUUGGUCAAAGAAUAGUAAAGUUCCUUCAGUUCAUUUUGUAAUUCAUAUGUAAUCCUUUUCAACUUUGUAGCACAGCGAUAAACAUGAUGGAAUGACACUGUUGUCUUUGCGGUACUAAACCUAUUGUGAUAGGAUAAAUAAUAAUUUUGCUGAGGAUUUUGGCAGCGUUAGUUUUAUUUUACUGUGAUUUAUUUGCAAAAAUGUUCUGUUCAGUUGCAUGCACCAAAUGGUGAGUGCUUGCUAAUAUAAAGACUUGGAAAAAAAAAUUAAAGAUUUUCAAGAAAUAUUUUAAAAAAUGUACAAAAAAAUAAAGAAAUAAAAUAUAUGAUUUUAAGA